AUGGUGGAUUUAAUAGUGCAAGCUAAAUAUGGUUCCUUUCCCUAUAGAGAAUAUUGUGUAGUGGGAGAUACAAUUCCCUCUGUGUACCUGCUAUUGAAGGAGCCCUUGUGGCACAUUAAGUGCUCAGCCGCUGACCAAAAGGAUAAGGAACAUCCAAUAUAUCUGAUCCCAGAGCUUUGCAAACAGUUUUACCAUUUGGGCUGGGUCACUGGGACUGGAGGAGGAAUUAGCUUGAAGCAUGGCAACGAAAUCUACAUUGCUCCUUCAGGAGUGCAAAAGGAACGAAUUCAGCCUGAAGACAUGUUUGUUUGUGACAUAAAUGAGCAAGACAUAAGUGGACCUCCGGCAUAUAAGAAGCUAAAAAAAAGCCAAUGUACUCCUCUUUUCAUGAAUGCUUACACAAUGAGAGGAGCUGGUGCAGUGAUUCACACCCACUCUAAAGCUGCUGUCAUGGCCACCCUUCUUUUUCCAGGACAGGAGUUUAGAAUUACACAUCAGGAGAUGAUAAAAGGAAUAAGGAAAUGUACCUCGGGAGGGUAUUAUAGAUAUGAUGAUAUGUUAGUAGUACCCAUUAUUGAGAAUACACCAGAGGAGAAAGACCUCAAAGAACGAAUGGCUCGUGCAAUGAAUGAAUACCCAGACUCCUGUGCAGUGCUAGUCAGGCGUCAUGGAGUGUAUGUAUGGGGAGAUACAUGGCAGAAGGCUAAAACCAUGUGUGAAUGCUAUGACUAUUUGUUUGAUAUUGCUGUAUCAAUGAAGAAAGUCGGACUGGAUCCUACACAGCUUCCAGUUGGAGAAAGUGGAAUUGUGUAAACCAAUACAAAAUUUAAUUACAUACAGAGAUAAAGCAGCAAAAUUUAUUAUUUAAAUGAAAUUUAACUUUUUUUAAAUGAAUUAAAAAUUUCUUUGAAGUUUAUUAUGCUAUUAAUUUGUCACUAAAUACCACAGAUGACCAGACUUACUUAGUCUUCUCUGAUAUUAAAUAAUAUUUGCUUGUAUUCUUACAAUUUUAAAUGACAGACCGUAGAAUAAAAAUUUUAUAAUCAAGGCUUUUUAUGUUUAUUUUAAAAUUCUUAACAGCACAGUAUUUGCCUUUAAAUGGAUUCCUUUUUUUACAUACUCUUAGAAUUCUUCUUAAUGUUUAAAGCUGCUAGUGAUAACAAAAUUCAUUGUGAAAUUUC